UUACACUUCAUGUUCUCAGUUCAUCGGCAGUUCGCAAAAUUCAUUUCAGAUCAAACAAAAUGUGGAUUGUUCUGGUACGCUAGCGGAAUACACAUUAGAAUUGUCGGCAACAGCGCUCAAUCCGACAUACAACGUACUGUGGCGCUUUUGGUUCCGUAACAUCAUCACAAUAUUACUGCCCUUCUUCUUGCUCGCCUUCCUGAAUGCUCAAAUCGUAAUUGUGCUGCAACGAAAUCAGCACGCAGCAGCACCAGUUGACCAACAAAGCAUAAUACAAUUUAAGGGUCGUGUGCGUGCAGCUACGAGAACGUUAGUAUUCGUUGUAUUUACCUACCUCCUUUCGAAUGUGCUUAAUGUUAUUAUAACAAUAUGGGAAUAUAUUGAUAUAGAAACGUUAAUGACGGAUUACAUUGGGCUGUAUAUUUUUUGCGCCGAUCUGGUGUCGUUGCUGACUACAUUAGCUGGCUCACUACGGCUAUCAAUCUAUGCGAUGUGUCAGCCACAGCUCCGUCGCGAAUUUAAGCAAGCGGCCUGCAGAGUUAUACGCUCACCUCUCAAAUUCAAGUCACUGUGCAAGCCAACGGAUGCAGCAGUAGACACGCGUCUCGCUGCUGCAGCAAGCGUUCUUGGUACUGCCAAGACGAUAAUCAUUGCUCAGUGCAAUAUGCAGUGGGACAGUAGCGAUUAUGAAGAAAUUUUUUUGUAA